CUUUACUUUUCAAUGGUGGGAGAGGCCUGCUUGUAUACAUUGUACCCAGUACAGAAACAUUGGAACUCAGAGAUCACACAGCAGUAACUGUAUAGCCAUGGACAUUGUCGCACCUUCUGACAACUCCCUGGAAGAAUCAGGCCUCCUAUAUGAUGAGCCAUCACUGCUUGAAGAAGAGGACAUUCUACCUGAUUAUCUUUGGACCCAAGAUGAGCAAACAGAAGAAGGCGACAAAUUCCCCUUUGAAUAUGCAGUGGAAAAAUCUCAGUCUGAAGAUGCCCUUGAUGAAAUAAGUGACAACUCUGAAGAUGACUUCAGCUGGCAAAGUGAAACACAUUCUAUAGACCUGGAGUUGACAAAGAAAAAUACAAGGCAUGCAAACAGAGUUCAAACCUAUCGAUUUCGUAAAAAAAUGAACCAACUGGACAGUAUACAGCAAGACAAAGAAUCACUGAUCCAAAAACUCAGGGAAGAGUUGAAUACAUGUCGUCAGAGGAUCGAGUCCUUGGAACAACAACAAAAUACUACAGAAACUGAUAUAAAGACAGAGCAAGACAAUAACAACACUGCUGCUGUUUUCCGCCUGCAAGCUUUGCAUAAAAGAUUGUGCGCUGAACUAGUCAUUGAGCAAGAUGUGGAGUCGAAAAUAGCUAGCAUGCUGGAAGAAAACAAGUAUGACCUCUGGAAAAUUGAAGUGGAGCAAGGAAAGUUUGCCAGUUUACGUGAAAGACUUGAACAGGAUGAAGAAGAGAUAGACAAACAAAGGAAAGAGCUAGCAGAGCAGCGGCUCCACAAGGAAAAGAUGUUCCAAAAUCUGUCCGAGCGCAAAAAGCAGGCAGAAAAAGUGCGAGAACAGAAUACACUAAAAGAGCGGGAGGUGCGCUAUCGAAAAGCCGUGGAUGAUGCGCAGAAAAACCAUGUAAAGGCUGUACAGUAUCUGAAGGAAACGAUGACAAGAGUUCGAGAGAAGGAAACAGAAAAGGAAAAGAAGAGCAGAGAAGAAAUGGAGAAGAGGAUGCAGGCCGUCCUAAUUCUAAAAAACAGCAUCUCUGCGAAUAGGGAGAACCUUCGAGUCACUGACGCUCGGAAUAAAGCAAGAGCAGCCCUAGAGAAGAAUCAGGAGAUGUUAGAAAAAGAAAGUGUGCUAGCCAAAGGUGGAGAUGCUACAAAGUUUCUGAUCCAUCAGAAGAGACUUCAGGAGUUUGAAAGGACGAAACUAGAAUUUGAAGAGAAACAGAAACUUAAGAAACAAGAGAUCAUCAGUCGCAUUUUGCAAGAGGAGAGCAACCAAGAAAAACAGAAAAAGUUAUCCUUGUCCUUGCAGACAACUAAAAGCAGAGAGCCCUCCAAACUCAGAAACAAAACCAUACAAUAUAUUGAGUCGGUCGUCCUUCCAGAGACAGAAGAAGAAGAAGAAGUUACAAAGAGGUGGAGAUCUCCUUCCAGUUUGUCAUCUGAUGAAGACGAGAGCGGCUCCAGUGGAAUGUAUCCAGAUAAGGUUCCAGAAGUCACGUAUGUGGAACAAGAAGAACGUGAUACUCUUGUUCAGCCAGAGUUUAUGGGAUUAUGGGAUCAGGAUCUCAAGCCUUAUAAGGUGCCAAAAGAAGAAAUUGAAUCUAAGCCACUAGGGGGCAGUAAAAUGGAGAAAGUAAUAAUGACUGAGACCCUGAAGAAUCUCCGAAAUGGAAUAAUUAAAAAGCAAGUGGUUUCAGGACAUGAGUUUAAGGGAUGCCCCUUUUAUAGUAAACCUAAUGUCAUUCACUUUAAGGACCUGGAAGUGGGCAAAACAUACAAGAAAAAAUUAACUUUGACCAAUGCAUCAUAUACAAUUAAUUUCUGUAAGCUGAUUGGCGUGAGCGACCAUCUGAAAGAUUUCAUCAAGAUACGAUUUGACCCGCCUGGCCAAAUGUCUGCUGGAAUGUCCUGUGAAAUGAUAGUGCUGUUUAAUCCAAUGAUAAAUGAAGAUCUCAAGGGAGAAGUGAUGUUUAUGGCCCAGACUGGUGCAUUUUCUAUUCCUGUAAUAUGUACAACCAAAAAAUGUGAGCUAGCUGUAGAGAAAGACUGCAUUGAUUUCGGCACUCAGGUGGUUGGGGAAACAGUAACUCAGAUCAUCUCUCUGACAAAUAGAGGGGCUCGUGGAACAAGAUUCUGUAUACGGACAUUAAGUCAAGCAAAUGAUACUGGAAAUCCAACUCGAGUGGUUCCCUUGGAGACAUCUCCAGAGAUUGGUACGCCUGCAUCUAAAGAACGAGACUCUAUUACUCCACUUGAAUCCAGAGCUGAAAAUCAGAAUGAAACACCUACAUUGAACCAACCCGAGACAGUGCGCAAAUCCAUCAGUCCACAGGGCAGCGAGAUGGUGGAAACCAGGAGCAUUGAUGUGAAAACAAGUGCAACGAUAGAAUAUAUUAGUAAAGAACAUUCUACAGUUGUGGAAGAUUCUUUGAAUGAAGUGGAACAGCUGGGAAGUCAAUCUGAGGAGGAGCUCAUUGAAAUCAAACUUGGUGAGGUUACAGAAGGCGAUAUCGGACCAUUCGCAACAGUGAAAAUUCCACUAAUUUUCACUCCAACAUUUCCUGUGAAAGCACAAGAAUUUUUUCAGAUUUCUUUUGAUGAUCCAAAUUCAAAACCUAUUACUAUAACAGCAACUGGUAUUGCUAUCGAUGUACCUGUAUAUGUUCCAAAUUCUAAUAUUGAUCUGAAGAUAUGUACAUAUGAUCGUCUGUAUCAAGACAGCAUCAUUGUUAAAAACAGAGCCACCACGGCCCUCCGUUUAAAGUUUGAAGUUUGCAAAGAGCUGAAGAACCACAUGGAACUGCUCCCUAAAACUGGCUUUAUCCAAGCUCAAUCCUCCUUCAGCGUUCAGCUCAAGUUUUUACCAAGACUUUCCCUCCCAGAUGAUGCCGCAGCUUAUUUUGAUAAAGAAACUGGAGUUUUGGAAGCUCCAAUGACCAUCUUAGUUGCUGAUCAGACCAGGUCUGUUCCUUUCACCGUCAAUGCUGUACUCACCACAUCGGAUUUGGAAAUCACCCCAAGUGAGGUCGAAUUUGGACACUGUACAAUCUUUGAAGCCGUCCAGUCCUCAAUUCAACUAACAAACAAGUCGAUCUUGCCUCAAGAAUUUGGUUUUGUUGGAAUUCCAGAGUAUGUAGACAUCCAACCUGGUGACGGUUUUGGGACUCUGUUUCCCUUGGAGACAGUGAAGCUGGAUAUUAUAUUUAAGGCUGGAAAAGCCAAGGAAUAUGCUUUUGAACUAACAUGCAAGUCAGCUAUAAACAGGCAAUUUAAGAUUUUUUGCAAAGCAACUGGAGUUCACCCUCCUCUUGAGUUAUCUCAUUCUUUGAUACAGUUUCCUGCAACAGCUUUAAAUGAUGUCUCCACUGCGACCUUAUAUGUUGUCAAUACACACACAACUCGCAAUGAGUUCAAACGCCCAGUUCCUAGGAUCGGCACAGGAGAGAUUGCUCCAGUUGGACCAACAUCAUUUGAGAUCCAUGUGCCAAAGCAUUUUCCAGUUACUGUCUCUCCGUUGGUUGGCACCGUUUUACCAGAAGAGAAAUGCCUGGUUCAGGUUUCCUUCCAUCCAACACUUUUGGAUCAAGAAAUACGAGAAGAAGCCGUGCGUAUAAUAGCAAAGGCCAACGAAGCCAGGACUCUGCUACAGAAAAAGUCUGCAGCAGCCACAAGUGAAACCCAGAGCAAAAAGGAUACUAAAGAGCCAUUUACAAACACAGAAAAAAGGAAACAAACUUCAUCCCCCAAGAGAGAGAGAAAAAAACAAAUGACUUCUGCCAAGCAGUCACCAAAGAUCCUUAAACCUUCUGAAUCUGCUCCCAUGGACCUGCCUAAAGUAGAAGACAUAAAACCUGAGUCUGAAGAAUAUCUGGCAGCUCAAGCGUCUAUCUAUCGAAGGUUUACAGGCAAGUGUGAGAAGUAUGUUCUGCCAUGCUUUAUUGCCAGCUGUGACGUUAGCAAAAAGGAGGAUCAUAAGGACCUAAAAUUCAGCCCAUACAACACCCUGCUCAUUGAGCUACACUGCCCUGCCAUAGCCCCUCCAUUGAUUGUCACCUCCAAUAAUGGCAGGCACCUUGUCAACUUUGGAGAAAUUGCAACAGGUCAGCGUGUUGUGAAAAGAGUAACAUUACAAAACAUUUCCCUAGAGCGUCUGGAAGUGGGUUUUUCCAUUCUGAACCCAAAUGGCCCUUUUGCGUUAUUAAAUCCUGUUAAUAUAAUGGAACCUGGGGCCACUUGUUUGCUCAUCAUUGCUUUUUCGCCUGAUGAAAAUGAGACCUUCUUUGAAAACCUUGAAGUCCGCACUCGGCACGCGACUCUGACACUUAGGAUUAAAGGGAAAGGUCUUACACCAUCUCUGUCCUGUUCCGUGGAAGGAGGAAUUCUGAAUAUGGGAUAUGUUUUAGCUAAAGACAGUAUCACAUCAACAUUUCAGCUCCAGAACACAUCUACAGUGCCGGUGAUUUAUUCACUGAAAUUGGGAAGUCUUUCAGUGACCAGAUACAGCGAUCUACAGAAACUCCCCAGUUUUAUUUCCUCAAGGAAUGCCACUCGAGGCUUAGUAGGCACUCAGAAUUACAAUGGCUUUAGUGUAUUCAGCGUAUUCCCUGUAGAGGGCACCAUUGAGUCUGGAAAGUCUUUAGAUGUUAGUGUUACAUUUAAUCCUGACCAUGAAAGUGUGCAUUACUCUGAUAGCCUCACAGUGGAGCUCUUUGGUAAGCAUACCGCUCACUCUAUCCAGCUGAAAGGGGCAUGCAGAAAUCAUAUCAUGUACUUGGAGGGCGGAGAUCCACUGGAUGUUCCUUUUGAAUCUCUGGGAUUUAUUCCUGAAUCUGAAGGAGAUGAACCUUUGAAGACCCUUCUUUUGACAUUCCACUGCAUACAGUCUGCAGCUGAUCUCAAGCCAGCUGUCAGGGACCUGCGUGUUGGCUGUAUACAUUCAACGUUAUUGCCAGCAAAAAAGAAUGUCGAGUUCUCGUGGGAGAAUACACAACUCUUACAGCAGAAAGGGUUCACAAUUGAUCCAAUAAAAUCAGCUGUUGACUCUGGACAACACAAAACAGUAUCCAUACGUUGGGUCCCACCCGCUCAAUAUGAUCCAAGCAAACCUACAAGCACCACAGCCAUGCUCACUCUGAAAGGUGACGUUACUGAAUCGUACCAGGUUAUCAUGGCAACGCAAGUUGUGUCAGCAUGACAGCGCAAAGA